AUGAAGGGAGAAAUAGCGGAGGCGGCGGAUUUAGUCAAGACUCUUCUCAAGGCCGAUGAGGAAUGCCGUGAGCUUCGGGAUAAAGUUGCGACACUUGAGAAGACGUGUCGCGUAAGAGAGCGGGAUGUCCGGGCGAUCGGCGCAACUCCUUCAGAUGGCAACGGAACCUCGAAAAAAAUCAAGUGUCGCACAAUCACUCUUCCCAUUGAGGUGGUUGGUGAGCUGAAUUCCAAGGCCGGUGAUGUCACAUUACUGUUAAGGGAACAGAAAAAGCUGUUGAAGGAGAAGAAACAACUUGAAGAAAUAUUGAGGAGUUCUGCGGCGGCUACAGAAGUGGUCAAUGAACUCAACACCGAUUUAAAGCAACGCAUUGGGUACACCGAUGGGGAGACUUUGCUACAUUUGAAGGACGCGUCGGACACUGUGGCUUACAAGAACGGACUGAAGCACGACAUUUUACAGUCGCUCCGUGAUCGUGAAACCAUUCAAACGACCCUGAAACGGCAAACACAGCAUAUGCGAGGGCUUCUGGCUGAUUUGGUUAAAUCCAAGGAACUCGAUGAGCAACGCGAGAGGGCGGCACAGCAGCUUGAGGAAAAGAGAGCUGAAUUGGAAGGCAUUCGUGAGGAGGUGUACUCCAUGCGGCGCCUUUUAGAGCGAAAGGAGAAACAGCUUGAAAAGGAAAAGCCAGUCGACGAACUACUGCUUGCUCAGCGAGCAGAAAACGAGCGACGCACCGUCGUUCACAAGCUGGAAAGAGAAGAGGAGACUCUCCGGCAGAACGAGAUUUCUAUUCGUCAUCGGGCCACGCAGAUCGCCAAACUUGAGAGGCGUAUUGAGAUGAUAGGUGAUGCACUUGGCAGCGAGGAAAAUGCCGACGAAGAACGCGUUGACGCUGAACUUGUGGAGCAGUUACGCAAAGAAAUUCUUUCAUUGUGCCGUAUUCAUCAAAAAUGUGAGGCUCGCCAGGAGUUACUUGAUGCGGAUAUCGCGGAUCUGGAUCGCCGAUCCACUGGACUCAUACGUACAGCUGCAAACAUGAGGAAGGAGAUGCAACGCAUUGAAAAGGCCCACCAAAAGUUUACAGACGCUCAAAAGAAGGAACUCGAAAUGGAGCAGAUGGCGGCGGAACAAGAAAUUGGCGAUAUUGAACGCGAAGUAGAAAUGCUUCGCCAAAUUAAUUCUCGCCGUAAACAAAAGGCACAACGCGCUUGA